AGCUUUCCGCCGGGAAGAGCUGCCCGGGAGCCCGCCCCAACAUCUCGCGGGAGGAAGAGCGGGGACGGCCCCGCGUCCUAGUGAAGUGUAUCCAUACUGUGGAUGUUUGUUGUUUCCCGUGUGUCCGGCAAGCAGUAGGGACCGUCAGAGGCCGUCCCGUAGGACCUCCGGGACAGGACAGCCGCCAGCAUCCGGGCGAGAAUCCCUCCCCGCCCUGCUCCCGCGGCCCCUGCUGGUCCCCCUCGUCCUCCAGCCUAGCUCCAACGCCCUCCAGCCGAGCCCCCCCUCCACGCCCCGUCCUCCAGCAGAGUGCCCAGGUACUGCUCCUGCACACGCAGGCGCCUGCUCCUCACGAGCUCCGACUUUCCUGGCAGUUACUCCUCUCUUCUGAGACCGUCUAGAGGCUUCUCAGGCUUUCCCUCCAUCGACAAAUGUGAGAACUUAGAAAAUAGCGCGUGGUCCUUAACCUCCUGGAGUUCCAGCCAGUUGAUGAAGAGAAACAGCCAAAGCUAAAAAUGAUACCAGAAGAGCUCUCAAAACUAAAUAAGACGCCGCACAAAGCAGAAGUGGGUUUUCUGGGAAUACAUUUCAUCCCAGGAUGACGGCAGAAUCAAAGAAAACUACAGCUGAGAACCUUCAGGAGAAUGCAGGACUUCUGAUAGUGAAGAUAGAAGAGGAAGAUUUCGUCUGGAGGCAGGACACUUGCUUCCAGAGAAGUGAUGCCCUCAGGCAGGAGCUCUGCCGACAGCUUUUCAGGCAGUUCUGCUACCAGGAUUCCCCUGGACCCCGUGAGGCCCUGAGCCGGCUCCGGGAGCUCUGCCAUCAGUGGCUGCGGCCCGAGACGCACAGCAAGGAGCAGAUCCUGGAGCUGCUGGUGCUGGAGCAGUUCCUGACCAUCCUGCCCGCCGAGCUCCAGGCCUGGGUGAGGGAGCACCGCCCAGAGAGUGGGGAGGAAGCAGUGACAGUACUGGAAGAUCUCGAGAGAGGCACUGAUGACUCAGUAGUCCAGGUUCCAGUCCUUGCACAUGGGCAAGAAAUAUUCAGGGGAAAGGUGGUGCCUCCUGGACCAGCACUCAGUGCCCAGUUUCAGCCAGUGGACCCCAAGUCCCUUCAUGAUUCUUCAGCAUCCCUUGUGCUGGACUAUGAUAAUGAGAGUGAAAACAAUGGAUCCAUGCCAAAGUUGAACAUUUAUGAAAAAAUGGAAUCACAGAGAAUUCUAUCAGGAAGAAUUUCAGAAUUCGUGUCAGAAGGAUCUGCUGAGCCUCAAGACAUCUGUAAGUCUACAGACAGGUUAAAGAGGCAAUGGGAAAAAGAAUCAGGGGGGUCUCAGAGACCAUCAUCUGCUCAGGAUGGAAGUUUUAGUAAAAUCCUUACCCACAAAAAUACACUUACAGGUGAAAUAAGCCAUGAUGGAUGUGACAGAAGCUUAAACCUGAAUUCAAGUGAAUUUACACACCAGAAAUCUCAUAAACAUAGUACCUAUGACCAAAGUUUCAAAUGGAAUUCAGAUUUUAUUAAGCAUCAAAGAAUUUAUGCUGGAGAAAAAAUUCACCAAUAUGGAAAAUCUCUCAAGAGCCCAAACCUUAAUAAACAUGCAGCAAUUUUUAGUGGGGAGAAAACCCACCAGUGUAAUGAAUGUGGGAAAGCUUUCAGACACAGCUCAAAGCUUAUUAGGCAUCAGAGAAUCCACACUGGAGAGAGGCCCUAUGAAUGUAAUGAGUGUGGGAAAGGCUUUGGGGGCAGCUCAGAUCUUACUAGGCACCAGAGAAUUCACACUGGGGAAAGACCCUUUGAAUGCAAAGAAUGUGGACGAGCAUUCAGCCUGAACUCACAUCUCAUCCUGCAUCAGAGAAUUCACACCAGAGAGAAACCCUAUGAAUGUAGUGAAUGUGGGAAAACCUUCAGAGUGAGCUCACACCUCAUUCGACACCUGAGAAUCCACACUGGAGAGAAACCCUACGAAUGCAGUGAGUGUGGGAGAGCCUUCAGUCAGAGUUCACACCUUCGUCAACACCAAAGAAUUCACAAGAGGGAAAACCUGAUAAUGUAAAGAACUUAAAUUUUUAUGGAAGUGCUAAAGAAAGAGCAAAACAUGAAAAACAUUGAAUAAAAAAUAUCGAGUGAGACAAA